UGUUAGCAUGGCUACUGCCUAAUCACAAACACACUGCAGUGCACCAGCGGAGAGAACAGGGACGGAUCGGGUCCACUUUUCCUUCAAAUUCCUCCAUUGUUUGUGCUUUUUUUAACCAACAUGGGGACGAGAGACGACGAAUAUGACUACUUGUUUAAGGUGGUCCUCAUUGGGGACUCUGGUGUGGGGAAGAGUAACCUGCUAUCCCGCUUCACCCGCAAUGAAUUCAAUCUGGAAAGCAAGAGCACUAUUGGAGUGGAGUUCGCUACACGUAGCAUCCAGGUAGAUGGGAAGACAGUGAAGGCUCAGAUCUGGGACACAGCUGGACAGGAGCGCUAUAGAGCGAUCACUUCAGCGUAUUAUAGAGGAGCUGUGGGGGCCCUCCUAGUGUAUGACAUCGCCAAGCACCUGACCUAUGAAAAUGUGGAACGCUGGCUUAAGGAGCUGAGAGACCACGCAGACAGCAACAUUGUCAUCAUGCUCGUGGGUAAUAAAAGUGACUUGCGUCACCUUCGAGCCGUUCCCACCGACGAAGCACGUGCAUUUGCAGAGAAAAACGGGCUGUCUUUCCUGGAGACCUCAGCUCUGGAUUCCACCAACGUAGAGACCGCUUUUCAGACCAUUCUGACUGAAAUCUACCGGAUUGUAUCCCAAAAGCAGAUGUCUGACCGUCGAGAUAAUGACAUGUCACCUAGCAACAAUGUGGUGUCCAUCCAGGUGCAGCCUACUGAGAAUAAACCAAAGAUGCAGUGCUGCCAGAACAUCUAGCAGCGCCCCUUACCCCAAACCCCCCUUCCCGUACCCCCCCCCAAGCACCCACCUGCAACACCCUCUCCCCUCCUCUUCAAGACUGCUUUGGGUCUGAGAUGCAGCUGCACAACUAGGCUUGAGCACAGAGGCUGGUUCCAAAGCUAGAAUCUCAAAGGGUCACCACCUGCGGUCUGGACUAUGCUUGUUUUUUUUCUUCCUGCCAUGGUAGGCUUUUAUAAUGCAGAAUUUUAAUCAUUAUUUGUGCCCGAUGGUCACUGAAAUGUCUUAAUAUAUAAUUUCAUUCGCAAACAUGUAUGUGUUUAGUAGCAGCCCCGUUUCUGCUGUCGCAUCCGGGGCGUAAGGGAGAAACGUGCAGUAUUGGAGGUAUUGCUGUAUUUAAUAUUGUGAUGUAGAGACGUCUCUGUCGGUAGAUGUUAGUGAUUAGGGCCCAAAAACCACAGACUUCACCUUAUGCAUCUGAGUAUGGGUUACAGCAUGUAAAAUCUAAGUUGCAACUCUUCAUGCGUUCGGCACGGAUCACAAAGCGGCAUUCUUGCAUUGCGUUCUUCAUGACAUCAUCAGGGCCAGCGGAAGAGGACUUAAGCUUGUGGCACAGGGAAUAUCCUGAACACAGUGCCUCAAACAAUCCAUAGCUACUCCAUGCCAUCUUUAGCGUCCUCAUUGAGGUAGAAUAGUGGUUUUAGUGCCUUUCUCGACGGAACGUACCCAAAAUGCCUCCGGUUUCAUGCAUGUGCUUAAGAACAAAGCUGUUUUCUGCAUCUCUCGGAUUCUUCAUGUCAAUGCAGCGAGGCCUUCAUCACAUGAUGCUCUUCAGUGCUGUCAUCAUGCUGUAAUAUACUAUAAUGCCGACCCUUUUAGUGUUCUCAACCCUUGUGACUUUAUCUCAGUUGGACGUUGUUUAAAUUUUACAGCAAAGUUCAGUUUGUAAUAAACGGUAAUUGAUGUCAUAAUGUGGAAAGAGUAUGUCUCUGCGGCUUUAGAGGGGAAAUGACUCUCGCUUGUACUUCGCAAUUCAAAAUAACACUACCACAAACUAUUCAGUUCGAAACAAGGGAAUAGAUACUUUUGUAAUGCCUCCCCACUUCCCCUAAAUUUAUGAACACGUUACAUUUACCUUAUCACCACAACCCCAUAGUACUUUUGCAGGUCACAGAUUGUAAAGUAAGAAGAGGAAUACCAAACGGAAGUUAAUGGUGAACAGCGGAUGACCACAUCACACGAGAGGGAAUAGACUGGAUACUUUCUCUUUUUGCACUGAAUGUAAAAUAUCUCCCGGGUUGACUUGCUGCACUACAGUUUAUAAUCUUGUAUUUAUUCUGUGGUAGUCACUUAUUAGCCUCUAAUCGUGGCAGCGAAGCAACGGGACUCUUUAACGUUAAGACACCGUGUGAUAAUUUAUGAAUGUAUUAUGUGUUUUAGCCUCUGUAAAAGUCUUGUCCUUAUUCCAGCAGAUGAGGAAACAACCACAAGCUGUGAUGCUCAUUUUUGCUUAAUGGCUGUCUUAUACAAUUUAUUCAGUGUGACACAAACUAUCAGUAAAGACUGAACUAAUAAUGCAUGUUUUAUAGCGGUCGCCACAGAUGACCUCCAGAGGGGAAAAAAACUGUAGACCUCAGCAUCUUAGUCUGCAACCCUGAAGUCAAUUACUUUGAGACAAUUUCACUUUGGUUAUCGAUCUCUUUGACUUUAAUUACUCCGGCCCCAGGUAAAACUGAGAUAAUUCUUAAUAGUAUCACAACACAUUCCAGGUGGAAUCGACGGCUUCUCCAAGACUGGUUUAGUUUUUGUUCAAACUCAAGUAAUGUCAUAUAGAAAAAUACUGAAAAGAAUGGGCCGACGUUACUGCUUAGGUGCAUGUGAGUCAUAUUACUGUUUUCAGUCUCCUGUAUCCUAUAAGGUUUAGGUCUUAUAAUAUAGCAGCACAUUGAUGUAAAUCAGUACUUAUUGACAUCAAAAAGAAAAGCGUCAGGGUCUGUUUCUGUAGUGUUGUGGCUUUACCGCGUUUAGGACCCUGAUUCUGAUUGUAUGACUGGUCUUUAGUGGCAGGGGUCUCUGGUGCUAACGGGGGCCAGUGCCAAUGAUGUUAGGGUACAGAUGGCACAACAUUGACCUGCCCAAGCACUGCACAUAGCCGGCGUGUCCUAGUUAGAUAACCUGGAUAUUACUUUUCUGACUGUCACAUAUUGCCUCAUAUUUCUUUUUGUUUGUUUUUUUGUCUGCACUGUACUGUGAUUUAUUUUAUAUUGUUAUAAUUAUACUAUUACUCUAUCCACUGUAAUUCCAAUUUAAAUGAGCAAAUAAAAUAUGUAGUAAAU